AUGCUUUGUAAUAUAGGAUUCUCUGCCGCAAAAAUCUCUGAUGAGAGUUCAUCAAGUAGCGACUAUAAGAUAAAACUUUAUCCUGACAAGCAAAAGCUUUGCAUUUAUGAGAGGUCAGUCAAAUGGUUCUCAGGUGGAGUCAACAAAAGAAAUAUCAAUGUUGAAAGUGAUAUAGUCGAUGCGUUCUUUACGAGUUUUGAAGGCCCUUCAGAUUACGGGGUCUCAAAACAUGAUAACGCAAACGAAAAGAAUGAAACGGUAUUAGUGCUCAUACUUGAAGACCAAAUAAGGGUUUAUAACAAGGAUAAGUCGGCCAUAGUAGUCAGUUUUCCAAUGCAUAUCAAAAGCGCAUUUCCGUUUUAUAAGGGAAUAGUUUUAGGAAAGAAAGUGGAUAGUAUUCCAUCUGAUCCUUUGAGUGGUUUUAACAUCAAAUCUUCCAUGACCAAUAAUAUGUCUAAUGCUAUGUCUCCACUGAGUAAUAGAUCGUCCAUAAAGGCAGCAUUGAAUUUGUCUGUUGGAGAUGUGAAGCCCUCCCAAAUAUCCAACCCCAUUACUGAAAGUAACUUUUUGGUCCUAACAGAUAUGAUGGGUGAUCCAGGAUUAAUUGUUUCUUCUUCUACCUCUUCAUUUUCGGUCAAUGAGGAACUAGUUUUAUUUCCACGUUUUGCAAACAAUUGCUUGGCGGCAACAUUCAAUCAUACCGAGAAAAAUAUCUCGAUAUAUUUCACUAGGUACUUAAAUAAGUCCAGAAAUUCUAAAGUGAAAUCCCAUCUGGCAAUGACUCCCAGAAAGAACAGCAAACGAUCGACAUCUUCUUCAGGGGCCUUCUUGAACUCAUAUUCUAAGAUAUUUGAAGAUGAAAUGAGGCCAUAUAGAACGACCUCAAAUCCUCUUUCAUUUGACCGUAUGGCACCCGGAGCUGAAUAUGGAGCCGAUAUAUCUUCCAAUAAUUUAGGAAGCAGUUUAGUAACCAAUUUUGAAAGUUGGAAUUUGAAGAAAGAUGCUAUUUUUACCAAGUUAACUACUAUUAAUUUUAAAUCAGACUUUUCCAAGCUGAAAACUUUUGCUCUAUCAUAUAAUGAAGAGGAAGCGUUGAUUCUCGUAAAUAUGGAACUUGAGACGAUUGAAAUAAUUUUAUUUAGAAAAUCGUCAAACCAGAUAGGGUUGUUUGAAAUGAAGAGCAGUACCACUAUCAUGGGAUUAGACGCUGUCAAAUUUGACAUGGGAGAUGCUGAUUUUCCCUACAUUGCUAUAUUGAAUAGUAGAAAGGAAAUGGUUCUUUACAACGUGUUCUAUCAAAUUUUUUCUCCAACAAUACGUUUGCCUCAUUUUUCUUUUGAAGCCAUUGGAUUUGAUGACAGUUGUGAAAGCGAAAUAUCUUUCCUUUGCGAAUCUAGUCGUCAUUUUUCACUUCAUCUUCACGUAACCCCAAAAGAUAAGCUAGUGGAGAAUUUGAUGAAAUCUUUGAAGUACUUAAGUCAUGAUCAGAUUUUUCAAAAUUUUUGGCUAAAUUGGUGUGCUAAUUCCUCUUUAGAGAUCCCACAUGGGGACGAUUGGUCAGUAUAUGUUAUAACGUUGCUUUCUAUGAGCCUACCGGAGCGUAUCGAUUUGCAAUACGUGGAUACGAAUAUGAACGAAAUCACUAAGUUAAUACCCUAUGUGAUUAUGGCAAGAUCGAAAGUAAAAAAGAACUCACUUAAAACCUCAAAGUUGUCCGAAUACUCACUGGAAUCUCUGUUACCUAGAAUUGUUUUGUCCUUGCACAUAAUAAGGGAAGACCUUCGUUUAAAUAUUCUGUUAGCUGAAAAAUUUCACAAAAUUUCGGUUCUUCUAGUGCAGCUCGUUUCUUGGAUGUCCUGGUCAGAAGUGUGGCUAGACUAUUAUGGCAUUGAUCUAUCGAAUAUAGACCGAUCACUCAAGCUAAAUUUACCUGAAUAUGUUGCUGUUCCUCCUGACAUCAUGAAAUCAAUAUGCAGUUUGUUCUCUGACAGCAUACUUGGCUUUGUAACAUUUUCCGUAGUUGCUGGUGAGGAUGAAAUGAUUGAUAAAAUUGUCACACCGAGAACUUACAACACACUAAGAUUAUUUGAGAUUAUUGUCUCUCCCGACUUUGAUAGCAUGGAGCUGAUUAAAAACAUGGUUGCAUCUGAAAUUAAUGGUGCAGAAAUUGAAACAUAUCCACCAGGUAUUUAUUUUAUCUAUAAGAAUACAAUUGAACUGUGUCAGAAGAAGUUGAGAUUAAAUUGGAAUGUGUCAGAAGAGGAACUCAAAUUAGUUGGAAGAGAGGAUUUGCUAUACUUGGAAUCAGAGAGGAAGAAGCCAUUUAUAACAAGUGUAGGCUCAGGAGGCGUGCUCAAAAGCACUAAAGAUAUUUUGGAUGAAUUAAGUCAGAACCAGACAUUUAAUGCCUGGGAUGGCCAAGCUGAAGCGGAUAUAUUUAACGUAACCAAAUUAAUAUUUUCACAGGAUAGAAGAUUUUAUGAGCUUACUAAGUUACUUCAGACUUCAAAAGUUCAAACAGUCACUUACGCAACCGACUUGCUAAUGAAUGACAAUGAAAGGUUGGAACAUCAGAGAGCUAUCAGUGCAAGAAUUGCCUUAAGGACAUUGACUACCCCUAUUGGAAGAGGAGCGGUUUUCAAUUCAAGCAGAACGCCUCUGGUUACAGAGGGCUUUCCUAUUCCAAAAAUGUGUUUUGAUACAUUGAUUUUACCGGACAAUGUCAACGUGUCCUUGAAGCAGGAUUCUAUACCAAAGAACCUAUUAGAUUGGGGUUACUUUCACAACGGGGCAAGUGCCGGCCUAUUGGUUUCGAAAGAAUUUAAAGGAGUGAGUGGCAGCUGGGUGGCUUUUAACCGACCACCUAUUUUAAAUGCCCAACAUGCUGGAUUUUUAUUUGGUUUAGGUUUGAAUGGCCAUCUAAAAGAUCUAGAAGAAUGGCACAUCUAUAAUUAUUUGGGACCAAAGCAUCUUCAUACUAGUAUUGGUUUAUUGAUAGGAAUGGCUGCAAGUUUGAAGGGAACAAUGGACAUUAAAAUGACUAAAGUAUUAUCUGUUCACGUUGUUGCAUUUUUGCCACAAGGAUCUACUAACUUGAAUGUGCAGUUACCGGUACAAACGGCAGGAAUCAUUGGGAUCGGUUUAGUUUAUCUUGAGACCCAACACCGUAGAAUGUCUGAAAUUCUUCUUACUCAAAUAUGUUCAGCGCCCACCAUUUACGAUAAAGCGGUAGUUAGUGAAGGUUACCACUUAGCCUCUGGGUUUGCUUUAGGUUACAUCAACUUAGGUAGCGGCGAUACCAUACUAUCAACAACUGACAACCAUAUAGUUGAAAAAUUGAUCUCAUAUGGCACUUCCCUAAGAGAUGCUCAAACUUUGAAAGAAACAGACAAGUGUUGCUCAGGUGCUGUAAUUGCGUUGGCACUUUUGUUUUUGAAGACAAAUAACAGUGAGAUUGGAGACAAAUUGAGCUUACCUAAAACAAUUCAAUUAUUAGAGUAUAUAAGGCCAGACAUAUUAAUGCUAAGGUGCCUAAGUAAAAACUUGGUGAUGUGGAAUCAAAUUGAACCUACAAAAAAGUUUAUUGAAGACCAGGUUCCCCGUUGUAUUUACAAGCAAUUUUCAAUCGACUCCAUCGAUGGCUUAGAUAGUGAAAUUAUUCCCUAUAUUAAUAUUAUAUCUGGGGCAGCACUGUCUAUAGCAAUAUGUUUUGCGUCGACAGCCAACUUUGAGGCUAAGAAAACUCUGUUGUACUAUUUUGAUAUCCUUCUAGAUCUGGGAAUGAUUGAACCGACGAAUUAUGAUGAAAAGCUAACGUUGUACUAUGUUAGAAAUUCCAGGGACUUAUUAGUGCUAGGGCUUUCUGUCGUUAUGGCCGGUACAGGAGACUUGGAUAUAAUGAAACGAUUGAGAUACCUACAAGGUAUUACUGAUGAAUAUACAAGAUACGGAAAUUAUAUGGCAACGAAUAUGGCACUCGGCUUUUUAUUUCUAGGUGGUGGUCAGCAAGCUUUUAAUAGCAAUAACAACUUUUCAAUUGCGGCUUUGAUAACUUCCAUUUAUCCCAUGUUUGGCUCGAACAAUUACGAAGAUUCAGACGAUCAAGAGUUGGAUCCUAGUACUGGUUUAGGUAGAUCGAAUAAUGGCAAGAAUGAUUUGCACUUGCAAGCAUUACGUCAUUUUUGGGCAUUGGCAGUUGAAAAUAGGUGCUUGAUUGUUAAAGAAGUAGGAAAUAGAGAGCCGAUAAAGAUCGAUGCUGAAAUAGUUCUGCUUAAUAAAACAAGUUUGAAAGUGACUGCUCCAUGUUUGUUACCAGACUUAAGUCUAGUCAAAAAAAUUAUUGUCAACUCGAAAAACAAAUAUUUUCCAGUAGAGUUUGAUUUGAGUAGGUCUAGUCAUAAUGCAAGAGAGGAAUUUAAGAAAAAAAUGACAAUAUAUAUUGACAAAGAUGGGCGCUAUAAAACUUUGACUCUUGACUAUGAUGAGAUAGUAGAAAUGGAUAGUGAUUUGAAGAAUCUAAAGAUAUCUGACAAAGAAACAAGUGUUGACCCUCUGAGAAGUCUGAGUAUAUUCAACAAUUUAGAUGAGAUUGAAAAGGAUAUAAUGUUUGAUUAUAUUAACGGUAAGACUAGAGGAUACGUUAGUGGAUUUAGCUUAUUUGAUUUUAAGUUGGAACUUGAAAGAAUAGUCAAUAAUGAAGGGAUGAAGAAUGAUGAAAAAAUGGUAAAUUUGAAAUUGAUCUUUAAUUUUGUUGAUAGUACAAUUACAUCCUGUUAUGAGGAUGUUAACAAACGGAAAAGAAGAAAGAAGACCAAAGGCAGCGAAUCGAAUUUCAAUCUUGAUAAGGAAGAUAAUGAGUGCAUAAUUACCAAUGAAGUACUUGGACCAGGAAAGGAAUUGAACUACUUAAAUGUUGAGUUUAUAGAGAAAUUGAAGAAGGAUCUUUUCUCACAAGUGAUUUGA